AUGACAGCCGCGCCGCAGAGAUGCAGAGAGGGUAAUUCUUGGCGACACGCCGCAUCUGGAAGCGCCUUUCCACCGGCGCUUCCACCCAGGCAUCCAGCCACCGCAGUCGUUGGCAACGCCGACGAACACGCGGCCCCGCCCUCCCUCAUACGAGACAGUAAUGAGGUUGAGAUUUUACAGCACCCACUUAUCACAGCGGCCGAUUACUGCGACAGAAAGCAACUUCUUUCACAUAUAUCGUUUCUUAGUGGUCAGUUGCGGCGGGCAGAGCUGCUGUUGCAGAAUGCAUCCUGCGCGAUGGUGUCCGAUGCGGAGUUGGCCCGCUUCGAUCCAUUUCUUGCUCAGGAACACAUUGACCGUCUUGAGAGCUCCCUAGCACAGGUCGCCCUCUUGCGUGAGGUGGAACUGGAACGGAGUCGUGCACUGGAGGAGGAAUUGCAUGGGCUGCGCCUGGAGGGUAGUCGUCUGGUGGAGCGUGUCGAAAGCCUAGACAGUCAGGCAACGACGCUGGAGACAGAAAACAAACGGCUGAGCAAUGCUUUGUCCUCCGCCCAGCUUGAGGUGGAGCGGCUGCGGGUGGAGGAGACAACUCUGCAUCACCGGCUGUCGUUGAUUGAACAGUUGCAGGAAGAUGGCCAUCGCUACCAGGGCGUAAAUGUCAUUGUUACCCCACCGCGGCAGGCUGAGGCACGGCAAGAGUGCAUCCUGGCGAUAAAGGAGCUGCAGAUGCAGGAAACGCUGCACAGGUUUUCACUGCUGGUGGAUAUGUUAAUGGAACCCAUUUGCAUCGCCUUCGAUGCGGGAGUCGUGUGGAUCACGGAAACGCAAUUGCAUCGUGCCAGCGUGCAACUACACAACGCAGUGGUGCCUGGUUUCCCAAACGACAGCGGUGGAAUGCCGACAAGUAUGGGGGAGAAUAGCCCGCUUGUGGAUGUGGGGGAUGACACACUUCCACCUGCCGCCGUGGGCGUGGAGCCUUCAUGUGAACGGCAAUUGCGCCAUGAGUUGGAGGUGGUAAAGGAGCGAUGCCGUGUGGCAGAGCAGCAGCGGGAGCGGAUGAAAGGUUUACUUCAUGAAGAGCAACAGCGGACGGAGGGGAUGGCUAGAGAGCACUGCCAGCAACUCCAACAUGUCCAUGAGCAGGUGGUACAUGAGCGACAACACAUUAUGGAGAGUCUCAUGGUGGAGGUGGAGGAACAGAUGCGGAAUGCUUUCCGUGACGGUCGUCUCUAUGAGAAACGAGUUAGAGACGAAAAAUUUCAGAAGCGGAAAGCUUCCGCAAACCACACAGCUGGUGUUGCUGGCUUGGCGCAACGGCGCCGAGUGGGAAACCUGCCGCGUGAUUCAUCCAUGGCCUUGGAGGAGCAGACCGCUACUGGUUCUUGUAGCAGCAACAGCAGCAGGGGUGGUGAUGGGGCCGUGUUGUCCAGGGUGGGGGGAGAAACAGUGGAAGCUGGUUUAUUCUCUUUCCACAGUCAACAAAAAUAG